AUGAUGCGAAUUAAACGCACUACACUAAUAUUAGGAUUACUGAUAAUAAUAUGGUCAUCAAUAUUUUAUUUAACAUAUUAUUACCAUCCUGUUCACAUAUAUAGUGAAAUACCUAGUAAAUUGAGCCAGCAGAUGGUGAUCUUAGAACAAGGCAUAUCAAGAGAAUUUUUAAAAAAUAAUGUCAUGAUAAAAGAUGCUCAACAAAUAUUAGAAAUCAAGAAAGAAAAUGAAAAGUAUCAACAUAGUAUGGAUUUAUAUGAAUUCCGUGAUGUUAAGAUUCCAGUGUUGGUCUUUGCCUGCAAUAGAAUAACUGUUACUAAAUGUUUAGAUAGUCUAAUUCAGUAUAGACCUAGGAUGGAUCAAUUUCCAAUAAUUGUUAGUCAGGACUGUAAUCAUACAGAAACGAAAAAGGCGAUUCUCAAAUACAGAAGUCAAGUCUCUCUUAUCGAACAGCCAGAUCAAUCUGAAAUCCAAGUUCCUCCAAAGGAAAAGAAAUUAAAAGGUUACUUCAAAAUUGCUAGACAUUACGGUUGGGCUCUUAACCAAAUUUUUUUUAAGUUUAACUUCAGUGCUGUAAUUAUCGUCGAAGAUGAUCUUGAGGUUUCUCCAGAUUUUUUUGAAUAUUUUUUGGGUUUGUAUUCUUUGUUAUUAAAGGAUUCGUCGCUUUGGUGUAUUUCCGCCUGGAAUGAUAAUGGAAAAGAAAGUCUCAUAAAUCUUAAGCGACCUGAUUUACUAUAUCGGACAGAUUUUUUUCCUGGAUUAGGUUGGAUGCUUACCAAAAAUAUCUGGCAGGAACUUUAUCAGAAAUGGCCACGAGCUUAUUGGGACGACUGGAUUAGGGAUCCUCUUCAAAGAAAAGGUAGAUCAUGUAUUCGACCUGAAAUCUCCAGAACAAGAACAUUUGGAAAAAUUGGUGUUUCAAACGGAAUGUUUUUUGAGAAGCAUUUAAAAUAUAUUAAACUAAACGAAGAAUUUGUAUCUUUCACAAAGCAAAAUUUGGCAUAUUUACAAAAAGAAAAUUAUGACAUUGAUUUUGUUAAAAAAGUUUACCAGAGCCCAGUUAUAGGUGUUGAAGAUCUAAAGCAGGUUAAAUUUAAUACGCCUGUUCGAAUUAUCUAUAGAACUAGAGAAGAAUAUAAAACUAUUACUAAAAAAUUAGGACUCAUGGAUGACUUUAAA